GAACAAUAUGGCGUAGGGUGACUCGGGUGAGGUAUCAAAGGUCGUCGGAAUGGAUUCGUCGGGAGGAUGGAUGGAUGAUUAAUCUUUAUUCUCAAUUUGCUUCAUUACCUUCGCACGUUUCGUAUGUUCUCAGUCGUGAUAUACAUUCUGCCUUUGAAUAUAUUUUUCGCCGAAGUGAGGGACAUGAAGUGCCCACUAUGGAGGUGGUAGAGUUAUUUAAUAAGUUCAAUGAGAGUCUAGGGUCAUACAUAUUUUCAAGAUGGAUUGGAAGAUUUAUAGAAGAAUAUCAAACGUCAAGAACAAUUUUUGUCAUCGCCACAACUCUGCUGCUCACUUUCUUAGUUGUAUCAAUCUUUGUGUUGCGCAAAUGGAAGAACAAGGAAUUUCUGCCGGAAGUGAAAGAGUUUGUUGGAGUGGGCUCCGGGAAGCCAAGAUUCAGGAAGAGAGACAAGGUUCUCUUUUAUGGCAGGAAAAUGUUGCGCAAAGUGAAGUCCAUCGGUGGUCAAGUACAUUCUACUGGACAGGGAAAGAAGAGGAGAGCGGUCAUGAGAUUUGCUCGUCGAUUAUUACAACUUAAGAAGGAAACCGCUCCGCAACAGCUCAAAGUAUUGGAACCACCUGCUGAAUAUUUGGAAGAAGACUUAGGACCCGGCGAGAGGGUACCGCCAGAUGCUCUAUAUAUGUUGCAAAGUAUUAGAGUGUUUGGCCAUUUUGAAAAACCAGUGUUUCUGAAGUUGUGCAAGUACACGGAAAUCAUGAAUUUACCCGCCGGCAGUACAUUGUUUAAAAUUGGAGAUCCCGAUGAGAAUUUAUUUAUAGUACAACAAGGUUUAGUCAAUGUAUAUAUUACUGGAUCCGAUGGCUCUCAAAUAUCUUUAAAGAUAGUGAAAACAGGAGAAUCUGUUACCAGUCUUCUUAGUUUCACUGAUGUACUUACCGGUCAUACAAGUACAUACAAAACUGUAUCUGCAAGAGCUGUGGAAGAUUCUAUCGUAGUAAAGUUACCAAUGUGCGCAUUCCAAGAAGUAUUUCAAGAUUAUCCUGAUGCCUUUGUUCGAGUCAUCCAAGUCAUUAUGGUACGUCUGCAGAGAGUCACCUUCACUGCGUUGCACCAAUAUCUUGGUCUUUCCGCGGAAUUAGUCAAUCAGGGAUCACACAAGAAGAAACAGAGUCCAUUCUCCGGCUCGCCAGUACGAUCAAGGACCAGAGAGAAUUUUGCUUUGCAGAACGAAGGCACUCCUGGUGCAUUUCCGAUCGGGACGUCGGAGAUGCACGAUAGCAGUGAUUUUUCUCAUCGCGACAUGCUUAAUACAAGUAGUUCUCAGCCUGUGCCGAUCCUUGGAAAUCGUCGAAGAAAAAAUAGUGCCGACUCGAAGAAUCAGAAUUUGAACAUGCAAUUGAGUCAGAAUUUGGCGGACAUGGUGCCAGAGUGCGACUCUCACUGGCCAGUUCCGUCUUCAUCAGCGUCCCAGCCGGGGUCUCAGCCUCUUCACGGAUCGCAUACGGAGGCUCUUCAUUCGGGAAGUAUUUACCACGGUAAAAAGCGAUCGUCCAACGAGGGGGCACAGCAACAGCAGCAACAAUUGGACGAAGCGCAGCUCGUGCAGAUAGCCACCGAUGCGUUUGUCCGUGAACUCGGCAUAGAGGACGAGACGGUGCUCAAAGACAAAGUGCAGAUCAGAGAAGUACCGGCUGGCUUUUAUCUAAUGAAAGAAGAAUCUCACAAGGACGUCGCACUUGUGUACGUACUUUCGGGUUCGCUGAUAGUAAGUCAACGCGUAUCGGAGGGUCGGGACGCAGGUCAAGAGGUGCACAUGUUCAGCGCUCAUCAGGGCGAAAUCGUCGGUGGUUUAGCGGUACUGACUGGCGAACCAUCCUUUUACACGAUCAGAGCGAAGCACCCCAGCCGCAUUGCGCUACUCAGCAAAUCAACGUUCUUCGCCAUCAUGCGAGAUCAACCUACGGUUGUGCUACACGUGGCGCACACCGUCGUUCGCAGAUUAAGUCCGUUUGUCAGACAAGUGGAUUUUGCUCUCGACUGGUUGUUUCUCGAAAGCGGUAGGGCCGUUUAUAGACAAGGGGAUGAAUCGGAUUCAACGUUCAUAGUGUUGAGCGGACGACUGCGAUCGGUGAUCACUUACAAAAAUGGCAAGAAGGAACCGGUAGCGGAAUAUGGAAAAGGCGACUUGGUAGGAAUCGUAGAGAUGGUCACGCAAACUCCGAGAUCAACGACAGUCAUGGCGGUGAGGGAUUCCGAAUUGGCAAAGCUGCCGGAAGGUUUAUUCAACGUGAUCAAACUAAGAUAUCCUAUCGUAGUUACGAGAUUGAUCAAUCUUCUCGGUCAUCGCAUUCUCGGCACUUGGCAGCAACCGCACAAAAAUGGCAACAAUGAUACUCAGCGAGCCGCAGCAACAGUUGAUGCCAGACCCGCUCAAGUAAAUUUCUCAACUGUUGCCAUAGUACCAGUGUCGGAUGACGUCCCGUUAACUGCUUUCACUUAUGAAUUAUAUCAUUCUUUAUGUGCCAUUGGAUCCUGUCUUCGUUUAACGUCGGAAGUCGUAAGAAAGACUUUAGGUACCACUAUUAUGGAACCUGCGAACGAAUACCGGCUCACUUCCUGGCUCGCGCAACAGGAGGAUCAGCACAGAAUCUCCUUGUAUCAGUGCGAUUCGAGUUACACUCUGUGGACCCAGCGAUGCGUGAGGCAAGCCGAUUGCAUUCUUAUCGUGGGUCUGGGCGAUCGACCGCCCUCGAUUGGCCGGACGGAACGUGAAGUGGAACGACUAGUCAUGCGAACACAGAAGGAGCUGGUGCUGCUGCACAAGGAGCAGAAUGGCCAGCGACCCACCAACACCGUCCAAUGGUUGAACAUGAGGUCUUGGGUGUCCAGUCACCAUCACAUCCAGUGCCCCAAACGCAUGUUCACCAGAAGAUCGCAGUACAGAAUUAACGAAUUGUAUUCGAAGGUCCUCAUGUCCGAGCCGAACGUGCACAGCGAUUUCAGCAGAUUGGCGCGAUGGCUAACAGGUACCUCGGUAGGUCUCGUACUAGGUGGAGGCGGCGCGAGGGGCGCCGCCCACGUGGGGAUGCUCAAGGCCAUCAUCGAAGCUGGUAUACCCAUAGACAUGGUCGGCGGCGUUAGUAUCGGCGCUUUCAUGGGCGCCCUCUGGUGCAUGGAAAAGAAUAUCACCACUACCACGCAAAAGGCCAGGGAAUGGUCCAAGAAAAUGACACAAUGGUGGCGGCAAAUUAUGGAUUUGACUUAUCCGAUGACUUCGAUGUUCUCCGGUAAAGAUUUUAAUAAGACUAUACAACAGACCUUCGGUGACACAUACGUAGAGGACUUGUGGCUUCCGUAUUUCACUAUAACCACUGACAUCACGGACUCCUGUAUGCGCACGCAUAGACACGGAUCGCUGUGGCGGUACAUUCGGGCCUCGAUGUCAUUGUCUGGUUAUAUGCCACCCAUGUGUGAUCCUGUUGACGGCCAUCUCCUGCUCGACGGCGGGUACGUCAAUAACCUUCCAGGUUUACUAUGGAGAUAUAUUCGCGGCAGUAUGACUAUCGCGGGGGUCUUUCCUCCGAUUUGCGAUCCCCUUGACGGGCACCUUUUGGUCGACGGGUGCUAUGUUAAUAACGUACCAGCUGACGAAAUGCUGCGACAAGGAGCACAUCACAUUCUGGCCAUCGACGUAGGUUCGCAGGAUGACACCGAUCUGACGAAUUACGGAGACUCGUUGUCCGGUUGGUGGUUACUGUGGAAGCGAUGGAAUCCGUUCGCCACACCCGUAAAGGUGCCAAAUCUACCGGAUAUCCAAUCCAGACUGGCGUACGUGAGUUGUGUACGCCAGUUAGAGGAGGUGAAGACCUCGGAUUAUUGCGAGUACAUCAGGCCGCCGAUCGACAAGUACAAGACCCUCCAGUUCGCCAAUUUCGACGAGAUCAAGGACGUGGGAUACCAGCAUGGAAAAACAUAUUUCGAGGGUCAAUCGAAAGCCGGAGUUCUGCCUCGAUUCAAUGCGGAUCGAGAGAAUGCGAGAGCCAUGAGAGCAAAAAGCCAAGCAGCUAAUCAACAAUCACCCUCUUCGUAUACUUUCACCGAUCUCGCGCAGAUGGUAUGCAAAGUUUCACGCGGUAGCCGAUACGUCGAUCUCGACAUAGAUUCGGAUUCGGACGAACUGGAGGAGUACGAGGCAGACUUAGAAGAGGAUGCGCAAGAAGUAGGAUACGCGUCCGAGCCCACUGCCGGAAUUUUAGACCAAAGCCCUGAGGAUAAUCGCCUAAGGCGAAGAACUGGCGUUUCACUUAGCUUGUCCGAUACCGAAGCGGAGUCAGAACUAGAGUAUCAUCCGACGAUCUUUUGAACACUUGUUUAUACAAUUAUUCGCGGAUACCAUAUCUCACACUCUACGUAACUCGCUCAAUGAGAUAAAUUUAGCACAAAUCUUUUAAGAACGCGCAAAAAUAUAAAAAAUCAAAUUUUCACUGAGCGAACGAUUAAUCUACAUCCAAGUACAAAAAUAGUUGCAAAAGAUAUCAUUAUCGGGACAUCAUUCUUGAAAGCUACGUUACAGUACAAUAUGUGUAUAUCGAAAUGCGUAUCCUAAUAAGAGAUUGAUAUGAUUAUUGUUAUUAUUAUCGCUAUUAAAUAUAUAUUAAAUAUA